AUGCGAGCGGGCGCGGCGCUCCUUCUCUUUUUAUCGUUUUCGCUCACGAGCUCCGUGAACGCGGCCGUGCUCGAGGAUUUUGGCGUGGAAGGUCCGUUCGAUGUCGGGAGCCUUACGUUGACCGUUCCUUCUCGCGGCGCCGGGGAAGAAAUGGGCGAGCUGUUCUUGGAUUACCCCAUCGACGCCGGUAGUCCAGCCCCGCUCGUGGUGUUCGCGUUUCCUAUACACGGGUUCACGUUCGCUCUAUGGCGUCGGCUUCUGGCGCCCGUCAUUCGAACUCUCGUGACCAACGGCUUUGCCGUCGCGCAGCCGAGCGCGUUCGGAUCGAGCACGGCUCGCGAAUUCAGCGGCGGUUUGUUCCCGGGAACGACGUCCUCGAACGGGAUGGAUCUGCGUGAAAUCGUGACGCGAUAUCUCAAUUUCAUGACGCACGCGUCGAGACAUCUCAACGAGCUCGUGGAGUCGGAUAUCGCGUUCGAGGCGAGCGGAAUUCUGAGCACCGAACGCGUCGGCGUCGUCGGCUUCUCAGUCGGCGGCGCCAUCGCGCAAUACCUCGCGCAAGUGCUCGAUGCAUCCGUUAUUCCUGGACGGGUGAGUGCCGUCGUCGCGCUCGCGCCCACGAGCGGUUCGGACGUCCCGUUCACGGGAUCUGACAUCGGCGCCGAGUUGUUCCAAGAGUUCUUCACCGACCGAGCUCGGUUCAGCCCCAUCCCGACGUUUUACAUCGCCGGCGAACGCGACGGCAUGGGCGGACUCAGAGACGCCGGAUAUUACUUCGAUCGAUCGACCGCACCGCGCGUGCUCGUCACCGCCGGGAACGGUGCGACGCAUUGCCACGCCAUUGUUCCCAUGAGCGAGUGCGACGUAAUCGCGGGCACCCGCGGCGUGCACCGGCUCGACGCCAUCGUCGCGCACGCGGCGAUGACGGCGUAUCUGCUCCCUGAGCUUCCGUAUUGGCGCGAAAAACGUGAGCUCGCGCGUGAUAUUUUGUGGGGUGACGGUUUGAGGACGCUCGCCGACGGUGUACUUCCGUCCACGCCGGUGGGCGAGCGAUGGGCCAUCGCCGACGUCCUCCGCGAACCUGGAAUCUCACUCGAGCUCUCCGACUUCUCCAUCGUCGCGCCCCUGGAUCCGGAAGCUGUCGAGGUCUACGCCGUGACCACGUCGACGCUUCGCGACGUCGCACCUGAGUGCGAGGACAUCGAACUCUUCGUGGUGGACGCCCCCGUCGGGAUUAAAGUCGAGACGCGCCGAAUGAAUCCGUACGAGUUCAGCGUCCGCCUGUCCUGGACCACGGUUCCACCGAGAGCGAGACCGAGAGCGGGGCGAUCGCGGCGUCAACUCUUGUUUAGAGAUGUCAACUUUGACGAAUUGCGCGAUAUGCUAGGCAUUUUCAGGAUGAAUCCGCGGCGUCUCGGUCGCGCGGCGGCGGCGACGGGAACGCGGCGCUCGACGGCGCCGCGACGGGACGUGAUCAUCGGCGCUCGACACGCGUGCGCGCGCUCGGGCUUUGCCUUUGCAACCGUGCGCGUGCGUCUUCCGUAUCGAUGA